CACAAAUACACACAGACACAGGAUCUACAGAGACAAACAUGAGCACAUGACGGCCAGCGCCUCAGCCAUGGAUUUGAGUGAGGAGGAAACGACCCCACUGGUGUACAGGGACAGGGAAGGCAGCCACAGGUCCAGCUGCAGGUCCGGCCUGCAGGUCAACCUCCACUUCCUGCCGAUCACCAAAACAGAGUCAACCUUCUGCAUCCCCGGCGGGCAGAUCUCAGCUGAGAACGUAUGCAUUCAGGCAGCAAAGACAUGCGGCAUUCUCCCUGUGUUUCACAGUCUUUUUGGCUUGGCCUCUGAGGAUCUCUCUUUCUGGUACCCACCUACACAUGUCUUUAAUGCUGAAGAGGGCACCGUGGUGAACUAUAGAGUAAGGUUUUUUUUCUCAAACUGGUUUGGCCAAGGCUCAAAAACAUCGUAUCGCUAUAGCCUCUCAAGGGGAAAAGUCAGUGCAGUACUGGACUACUGUGUCAUCGAUUAUCUCUUUGCCCAGUCACGCAGUGACUUUGUGAAUGGUCAGGCUGGAGUGAGCCCCUCCCUCAGCGUCCAAGAAGAGUGCCUGGGUUUAGCUGUACUUGACCUUUGGUGUCAUGCUAAAGAGCAAGGCCUGAGCUUGAAGGACAUCUGUAAAAGAGUUGGGUAUAAGUCUUGCCUGCCGGAGGUCCAUCGGCAGGAGAUCCAGGGCCUGAGCCGCCUGGCCCGCUAUCAGAUCCGCAAGACGGUCAAGCGCUUCCUCAAGAGGCUGGGCCACUGCCAAGCCAGCGAAUGCAACCUAAAGCUCAAGUACCUGAUGGAGCUGGCAGCCAUCGAGCCCAUGCUUGGCACCGAGACGUUCCAGGGCCAGGACGCCGGCUACAGACAGGGCCAGCAGGCCACCACCAGGCUGAUCCGCGUGUCCGGGGAGACAGGUGUCCAGACCAGGACAGAUGAGGCUGCAGAGUGGCAUACAUUUUGUGACUUCCCAAAGAUCACGGACAUCAGCAUCAAGCAGGUUUGCCACGAGCAGGUGCCACAGGAGGGCCGUGUGGUUACUCUCACACGGCAGGAUGACAGGUCUGUGGAAGUUGAGUUCCCCAGUCUGACAGAAGCCCUGUCCUUCGUUUCACUUGUUGACGGCUACUUCAGACUCACCACCGACUCCAGUCAUUACUUCUGUCAGGAAGUGGCACCCCCUAGCCUGCUGGAGGACCUUCAAAACUACUGCCAUGGCCCAAUCACGCCUGAGUUUGCGGUGCACAAGCUGAAGAAGGCUGGAGCAAAACAUGGCUCAUUUUUGCUGAGACACAGCACUCGGGAAUUCAACAAGUACUUCCUCACUGUGUGUGUUCAGACAUCUCUGGGAAAGGACUACAAAGACUGCCUCAUUGUGAGCAAUGAACACGUCACACUGUCUGGUGUCCACAAUUCCUUUGUAAACCUGAGGUCUCUUGUUGAGUUCUACCAGAAGAAUAAGUUUUACCUGGGAGACGAUGCCAUCAAGCUUGAGACAGUAUGUCCUCCUCGCCCCAAAGAACUAACCAACCUGAUCAUCGUUCGUCAGAGCACCUCUGUGGAGCUGCAGGGGUCCCCGACUCUCCAGCACCACAAGCCCAGUCACAUCCAGUUCCAGAUGAUCCGCUAUGAGGAGCUGGAGCUGGGUGAAAGUUUAGGUCGAGGCUCUUUCACAAGGAUUCAUAAGGGCCGCAAGACAGGCACCCGGGAUGGGGAGAAAUACGUCACAGAUAUUUUACUUAAAAUCCUUGAUGCCAACCCCAAAACCUGCUGGGAGCAGUCUUUCUUUGAAGCCGCCAGCAUGAUGAGCCAGGUCUCCCAUAAGCACCUCCUCCAUGUGUACGGCAUCAGCGUGUACCAGAGCAGCAAUAUCAUGGUACAGGAGUUUGUGAAGUGUGGUGCCCUUGACCUGUACCUGAGGAGAACUCCGUCUGUGUCCGUGAGCUGGAAACUAGAGGUGGCCAAGCAACUCGCCUGUGCCCUAAAUUUUCUGGAGGAGAAAAACCUUGUCCAUGGGAAUAUCUGCGCCAAAAAUGUACUGCUGGCCAGGGGAGAGCCCACCCCAUUCAUUAAACUGAGUGACCCAGGGAUCAGUGUGACAACGCUGGGGACAGAUGUAAAACUGGACAGAAUCCCUUGGGUGGCACCUGAGCUGCUUGCUGAGUUGGAGUCACUAGAGCUGGAGAGUGACAAGUGGAGCUUUGGGACGACUCUCUGGGAAGUCUUCAACGGAGGAAAGGUGCCCCUACAAGGCUUUGACCCCCACCAGAAACUGCACUUCUAUGAGAACAACCACCGGCUACCAUCCCCAGAGUGGACAGAGCUAGCUGACCUUAUCACCCACUGCAUGAACUACCAGCCCGCUCUACGACCAUCCAGUCGAAGCAUCAUCCGCCACCUCAACAGUCUCAUAACGUCAGAUUAUGAGAUUCUGCAUGCAGCCGGCACAACCAACAACAGCGACACCUUCUGGAGAGAUCUGAGCCUGCAGUCAUACCACCCGGAACAGACGGUGUAUGAGGAGAGGCACCUGCGCUACAUCUCUGCCCUGGGAAAGGGAAAUUUCGGUAGCGUGGAGCUGUGCCGCUACGAUCCACUGGGAGACAACACUGGAGAGCUCAUCGCGAUCAAGAGGCUGCAGCCCAACAAGCAGGGCAACCUGGCAGACUUCCGCAGAGAGAUCGAGACCAUCAGUUCCCUGCACUGCGACUUCAUCGUCAAGUACCGGGGAGUCUGCUACAGCAUGGGGCGUUGCAGCGUGAGUCUGGUGAUGGAGUAUCUGCCCCAUGGAAGUCUGAUAGGUUAUCUUGAGAAGAGACCCUCGCAUGUCAACCACAGGAGACUCCUACUAUUUGCAUCACAGAUCUGCAAAGGAAUGGAGUACCUUCAGAGUAUGCGUCUGAUACACCGGGAUUUGGCUGCUAGGAAUGUCCUGGUGGCCAGCGACAUGCUUGUAAAAAUCGCUGAUUUUGGCCUGACCAAGAUCAUACCUUAUGACAAGGAGUACUACAAAGUGUCCCAACCUGGCGAGAGUCCUAUUUUCUGGUAUGCACCUGAAUCCAUUAGCGAGUCCAAGUUUUCACACAAAUCAGACGUGUGGAGCUUUGGGAUCGUUCUACAUGAGCUGUUCUCCUACUGCGAGCUCAGUUUGAAUCCCAAAAAGCUUUGUAUGCAGGGAAUUGGCAGUGACAUACAAGGGCAUUGCACCUCGAUGCAUCUUUUCAACAUACUCAAAGACAGCUGGAGGCUGCCAGCUCCACCAUUUUGCCCACCAAAAGUUUACAGCAUAAUGAUGAAAUGCUGGGCUUGGGAGUCAGAGGAGAGGCCAGCAUUCUCCAGCCUAGCGGAGCUGGUCGAGGUCACCCUGCAGGAGGACAGAGAAGGCCUCAAAGGUUAAUAGUCCUUUGGAGUGCCAUUGCUUUUAGUGUUGGUGGUAAAUUCCAUCACCUGUACAUUCAUGCUAAUGCAGUCAAAUGGAUGUCGUUUUCAAGUUUAAAAUUCUGUGACAGAAAAAAAUCUUUACGCACAAGAAUCACAUAGAAUAUACAUUUUUGUAUUAUUCUGUCCAACUGACUGACUUUUAACAAAUCUUUUAAUACCUGCCUUCCAAAUGCAGAGAUUUGACAUGAAAAAGUGUUCAGACCUUUACAGAACUUGCCUCUGUAUCUGCAUUGUCCGAAACUGACUGAACAGUGCUAGUGCAUUUACACAUGGCGGACUGCCACGUCAUGCAUACACAUCAGCUGGUCUUCUGAAUAUAUCACUGAUUUUUACAUGGGUGGAAUUGUAAAAGAGAAAAGCAUUUGCAAUAAAGUGUGGAAUGUGAA